GAUGGACUUUGGAACGGACACUCGGAAAUGAAUAAACACUAGAUACAAAUAAAGACCGGUUUUCCACACAUACAUAAAAAAAUAAACACAAUAUAAAAUACAAUAUCAAACAGUUGGAUAUUGUUAUUUUAAAUUGUGACGUUCCCAGAAGAAUAAAGACAGAUGCAUUUCAUUCCACCUCAUGAUUACUGCACUAGUCCGUGUGGACUGGGACACUGAUGUUGACAGAUUACUCUCAGGCCCCGCCUAAUGUCUCCAUGCUGCCGUUGCAUUGGAAGGGAGCACAGUACGCAGGACCGCAUUGGCUGUUGUGUGUUUUUUUUCACAAGGGUCCCAAACUACACCGAGAUUUGGAAUAUUACGUUACAGUCGUGAAGGAAAAUGGCGACUGUCAUUCAUAAUCCUCUGAAAUCGCUCGGCGACCAGUUCUACAAGGAGGCCAUCGAGCACUGCCGCAGCUACAACGCCCGCCUCUGCGCCGAGCGCAGCGUGCGCAUGCCCUUCCUGGACUCGCAGACCGGCGUGGCGCAGAACAACUGCUACAUCUGGAUGGAGAAGUGCCACCGCAAGCCAGGCCAAGCGGCAGGACAGAUGUACACCUAUCCUGCUCGCUGCUGGAGAAAGAAGAGGCGACAAUCACUCCCACUUCUUUCUUUGUGGCUCCAGAUGACCCUUUUAAAUGUGGGUCCCUGUCUGCUCACAUUGUUUUGUAAACUCUUUUGCCCGUAUACUCUGCCGUCCCUUCCUUCCUUCCCUCCUUCCUUACUUACUUUCCUCGCCGCCCGUCCUGCAGGUCACCCCACGUGUCUGCAGUUCACGGAUAACAUGAUGCAGGCGGUGAGGACGUACCAGUGGCAGUGCAUCGAGUGCAAGUCCUGCAGCCUCUGCGGCACAUCGGAGAACGACGACCAGCUGCUGUUCUGUGACGACUGUGACCGAGGCUACCACAUGUACUGCCUGAAGCCCCCGAUGACCAAGCCCCCAGAAGGGAGCUGGAGCUGUCACGUGUGUCUGGAUCUGUUGAAAGACAAGGCCUCCGCCUACGGAGAGGCUUAGCUUCUUCUUCUUCUUCUUCUUCUUCUUCUUCUCAACACACACACACACACACAAUGUAUAUAUUUGUACCGAUUCGUAUGACCUGCACACCACCUUCUCUCGGGUAGAAUCAGAACACACUCGUUCACUCACACUUCAGUGCAUUAGCGGGCUCGGGGAGGGGUGGGGGGAGCGGGCGAUCCUUUGACCUCUCGCGUGGCCCCCAGCAGCUCCGCCCGUCCGGUCAUCUCUCUACCUCACCAGACGGCGGGGGGGCGCCAAAGCAACAUGGCCGACGACACUGUGCAGAACAUGCGUGCAGGUGAGAUUGCGCGCUCAUGGAGGAACCGACCGGCGACUCUGAUUUUUCCUUUUUGUGAUUUCAGUUCAUUCGAGUGUCAUCUGGAGGGCGUUUGGCCGGUUUUUGCUCGCUGGGUCGGACCAACGUUUGUUUAAAUCUGUAAAUCUGUAGUGACAUUCCUUCUACUCACCUGGACCGGCUCAACGUGACCCAUGCCGCCUUCCACACGGGGUCCAUGUCCGGGCUGUCUGUCUUUUGUGUCCCCCCCCCCUGCAGUUACUAGGACACCACGGGCCUCCAUAUGACACAAAUCAUACCAUUUCGUCACAUAAUGUGUUAUUAUUUAUUCAUGGCCCGGAGAUCAUUGUUACUGUAAAUCAGUGGUUCCUAAACAUCCCCUUUUGUGGAAGCCAAAGUACUCGUCCCUCCCCCGCCACACCCAAAUAGAUGAAUAUUUCUUAACUGGUAACAAUACUGAUGAAGUUACUGACCAAAGGGGGUUAAAUAUGUUUAAAUAACAUAUGAGAACGCAAAUUGUCUUUAUACACAAAAGACACAACGAUCACAUGAUGUUGUAUGACUCGAGAUUACAGCUAUGGAGGUAAAUUAGUUAAAAACAACUUAGCCAAGCCUGUAGAAUAACACACUGAUUCAUGUGUGUUUAAUGUUGCGACCUCCUUACAUUACCUCUGCGCCCCUCUAGAGGGCUCCACUCCACGGCUUGGGAACCACUGCCGAUACACACACACACACACUGUGUGAGAAAUGUGUGUGAAUCAUUCAAGGUCACGUGAGACUUUAGUGCAGCUUUUUUUUUUUUUUUCUGCAGAAUAUCCAGAAUACAUUCUGGAUAUUCUUGAUUUGAAUUACAACCCAAGUGAGGUCGAUACGUUCGAUUGUAACGUGAAAUCUUUGAAGCCCCGUAAAUGUACUUUAUGUUUUUUUUUUAACAGAACAUAUUUGGGAGCACGGAUCAUGAAAAGGAAAAAACAAAGAAUAAAAAAUAGCCCUUAGCGUACACACAGUGUGCCAGCCUUCACAAUGAGCAUUUUUCUUUAGUGUGAGUUUGUAUUUGAUAAUACUUUUCCAUGGACAAUCAUGAGCUAGUGUAGAUACAGUACAUCCUGUUAAUAAUAUGAAGAUGGUUUUAUGGUGUUGUUUGGGUUCAGUGGCCCUUUGUGUCUUCCUUUUAAACAUGUCUUUGAUGUCAUUCUCAUUCUAUGCCAUCACUUCAGUGAUUUUAGUUGUAUUUUGUUAAAGUAAAUGUUGAGUUUUGUGUUGAAAUAAAUGCUUUUUUUCCAUUA